AUGCAAGCGUCCGGCGGACUUAGCAGUAGUAGUUCGUCAGGUUCCAGUAGUCUUCCCGGUAGUAUGUCUAGUGGUGGUUUCUCAUCGGGUAGCUCUGGUGGUGGGUUCUCAUCGGGUGGUUCUAGUGGUGGGUUCUCAUCGGGUGGUUCUAGUGGUGGAACUCUACUUCCAGUUUCACCAGGUAGCUCUAGUGGUGGUACUCUGCUUCCAUUUCCACCAGGUAGCUCUAGUGGGAUUCCAGGUUUAACAGAUAAUACUUUACUUCCGAGUUUAUCACGUGCCUCAAGUAAUAAAUUACUUUCCAACUUGUCAGCUAAAAAUAUAAUUCCAAAAGGAAAACCGUCUCAAUAUGAUGCUUAUAUACUUUAG